AUGUUCCGUAUCGCCACUGCUUUGACGGCUCUUGCCGCCCUCGCCACAGCCGCUCCAGCGCCCCAAAGCUCCCGUGGUAUUACCAGCGGUAGCCUGACAUGGUACACUGAAGGUCUUGGCCAAGGAUACACCGCUUGCGGCACUCUGAGCGCUAUCACUGACCACAUCGCUGCCCUCUCACCAGCCGAUUACGGCGAGUACGCAAACCCCAACGAAAGCCCGGUCUGCGGCAAGCAAAUCCGCGUCCACGGGCCCAACGGCAACUCGGUCCUAGCCACAGUCGCAGAUCGGUGCGCCGGCUGCGCUACUGGAGACGUCGAUGUCACCCCUACCGUGUUCCUGGAGCUUGGCUACGCGCAGGACGUCGGCCGCGUGGCUAUCGAUUGGAGCUUUGAGUAA